AAAGUACAUUUCAAAAUAACCAGAGUAAACAUGAGUCUCUCCGUGCAAUUCUUCAUUACCUCUGCGCUGAGCAUACACUUGAGGUUUUUGUUCCCCGAUUAACUUUGAGUUUCAUUUUCUUCCCUGCUCGGAUCAACCCAAAAGAAAAGAGGAAAUUCGACUUCUUCAUCUCACUUUUGUUCAUUGCUUAAGCAUUUCCUUCUCACCCGCCAUGCUUCUUGCACACGCAAAGGUGUCGGCCUUGCUGCUUCUGGCAGGUGAGUGAACGCCAUCACACACUAACGUCUGUGUGUGUGUGUGUGUCUGUGUGUGUUUGUCUGUGUGUGUCUGUAUGUGUGUCACCAUGUCAUGUCGGUUACAAAUGUGUUGUGAUGUCAUGCUAGCUGGACAUGAUACGGCUACGGCACUUGCGGUGGAGCGGGUGCGCUACUCGCCGGUCAAGUGCGCGGUGCGCGGCUCCACCGUGACGUUGCGGUGCUCCUUCACCGCCAUCAUGUCAGUGGUUCGGGUGGUGUGGUGCGUCAAUCACCGCAUUUGUCAAGGAACCACGCCGUCCGUGUACGACAGCAACAAGCCCAACAAGAACUUGCGCUUUGUGUACUUGGGGGACCACAAGAACAACUGCACGCUGCAGAUCCGCCAAAUCCUCAGCGAGGACAACACCACCUUCCGAUUCCGGAUGGAAGCCGGAAACGAAAAAGGACAUUUCACCGGCCAAGCGGGCGUGACCGUCAGCGUUCUCGAUGCCGAGCCGAUGAGGGUGCAGAGCUCCGCCCCCGGUCCCAUGAGGGUGGGCGCCGCCGUGACGUUGAGCUGCACGUCCAGUUGCUCCUUCCACGAUCUGGACGUGCGCUGGCAUAAAGACGGGCAACCCCUGCCGGAGUCCGGCCCGACCCUCAGGUUGACGGCCGAACGGUCGGCCAACUACACCUGCAACCUGGCCCUCCUUCCAAAUACCAUGUCGCCACCCUUUAGGCUGAACGUGGCAGAACUGCGCACAGGUGGACAUUUUGUUUUGACGCUCAGCGUCUCCUUGGGCCUACUGAUGGCGCUGCUCCUCACCGUUGCCAUCGUCUUGUUCCUCAACAAACGCAGGAAACGUCGGCAGGCGUCUCCUCACGAUGGCAAACGAGUCAACAAGGAGCGUGAGACGUGUGAACAGGUGUACGCUAACACGCAACCAGGUGGUGACCGAGGCGGUCCAGAUGCAGAGGAAGCGGGCCGGAGUGCAGACGAAGUCAGUUAUGCAGCUGUACAGUUCAAAGCAAAGGCCGUCAAUAGGCCGGUGGAAACCAAGGAGGACGUGGUCUACGCGUCCAUAGCGCGUCUGUCCCCGUGAACGCUCAGCAGAAGGAAGCCACGUUGACUCAUGUGGCGUCACACGCACGCCCCAAGUAAUGUCGCACUUUCUCGUGUUUCAAUAAAGUCGGAGCAAACGCCA